AAAGGUGGAUUGGACGGCUAUAAAUUUAUGUUAGAAUAAUGUGUUGCACAUAAUCACUCUCUUUAAUCAUUAUCAUCUUCUCUCCCCCCUUAUAUACCCUUCUUCACUCAGCUCUCUUCAUCCACAGCUUAAUUGCAAACCUCAAUAAAAAGUUUUAGCAAGGAAAAAGAAAUAUGGCUAAGGAUAUUGAGACUGCAGAGCAAGGAGGGGCGUACUCAGGCAAGGACUACCGUGAUCCACCACCUGCACCAUUAAUUGAUGCAGAAGAGCUGGCCCAAUGGUCGUUUUAUAGGGCACUGAUUGCUGAGUUUAUUGCUACCCUUCUCUUCUUGUAUGUCACAGUGUUGACUGUGAUUGGUUAUAAGGUUCAAACCGACCCUAUCAAGAACACUGUUGACCCUGACUGUGGUGGUGUUGGUGUUCUUGGUAUUGCUUGGGCUUUUGGUGGCAUGAUCUUCAUUCUUGUUUACUGCACUGCUGGUAUCUCUGGAGGACACAUCAACCCGGCUGUGACCUUUGGACUGUUCUUGGCGCGCAAGGUGUCACUCAUCCGAGCCAUCAUGUACAUGUUAGCUCAGUGCUUGGGUGCCAUCUGCGGCUGUGGGUUCGUCAAGGCUUUCCAGAAGACAUACUACAACAACUACGGAGGUGGUGCCAACGAGCUCCAAACUGGCUACAACAAGGGCACUGGAUUGGGUGCUGAGAUCAUUGGAACCUUUGUUCUUGUCUACACAGUCUUCUCUGCCACUGAUCCCAAGAGGAAUGCAAGAGAUUCCCAUGUUCCUGUGUUGGCACCACUCCCCAUUGGAUUUGCUGUGUUCAUGGUUCACCUUGCCACAAUCCCAAUCACUGGCACUGGUAUCAACCCUGCUAGGAGUUUUGGAGCUGCUGUGAUUUACAACAAGGAGAAGGCCUGGGAUGACCAAUGGAUCUUUUGGGUUGGACCUUUCGUUGGAGCCGCCAUUGCUGCAUUCUACCACCAAUACAUCCUCAGAGCAGCAGCCAUCAAGGCCCUUGGAUCUUUCAGGAGCAACGCUUAAAUUCAGCUUUAUUUUCACAGAUAUAUAAUUCAAAAAAAAAAAAUGAUCAUGAAUUAUGAUGCAGAUAUUUUCCAAAA